GAGAGGCGAGGUGUUAAAUUUUUGCACACUCUACUGAUCCCAGCACUCGAGGCAUCCUGCUGUUGACGGAUCGAUCAAUAUACUACAGAGAACGCCUUCCAUCAACAGGCAGAAAAAGGCAACACGCGGCGGGGGGUGUAAACGACAUGUCCUUGUCUACUUUGCAAUCCCGACCGCAGCAGCAGCAGCAGCAGCAGCAGCAGCAGCAGCCCGUCCUCCGCACGAGCAGAAGAAGACCACUCAAGACCAGCUGCGGGCACCUCCUCUUGCUUGUCGGAGCGACCCUUUUGCCCACAGCCAACUACGCCUUCGUACCACAAGCGUUGUUGCGUCACUUAGCAGGAGCAGGAACGGGAUUGCGAUCGGGUGCCCACAAGGCGUCCCACAGCAGCAGGACCAGCAGCCUAUAUCGCCGUAACGAGCACCGAGCACCACCACCAGCGAAAGCAGCUGCGGCGAGGUCAAACAGGAUGGUCCUAGGGGAAGCGUCUUCGGUGGAGUGCCGGCGAACCUUGCAGCGGGCGUGGCAGGCCUCGUCAUCGGAAGCGAGGACCCACGAACAACUGGAGGAGCAGCAGCAGUGCCGGGUAGCAGCACCCGCAGAAGAAUACGCACGCUCAGCAGGGGAGUCGAAGGAUGCGGUGGCCCGGGGCAUGGAGUUCCGAUUGACCACGUUCAACCUACUCGCGCCAUGCUACAAGCGUAUGCACUCGGAGGUUUCAACGCCCGUCGGCGGAGUCGGUACCGGGCUGCUGGCGAACCGUGCGAAGGGGCAACGCACCGCGCGCGAGAGCGAGUUCGAUGGUGUCUGGAGGGAGCGUGCGCUCGAGACGGUGGACUUCAUCUGUCGACACAUGUCUUCGUCCGACAUCAUUUGCCUGCAAGAGUUCUGGCUGGACCCCGCCUACCACGCCAUCUUCCAGUCGGCGCUCGAGAAGGACUACGAGUUCUACACCGUCAAGCGCACGGGCCUCAAGUCCGACGGGGUGGCGGUGCUACUGAGGCGCGGCAAGUUCGACGUCCUCUCCCAGCUAGGCCUGUCGCUGUCUUCCAUCGGCAACAGGGUGGCCCUGAUAAUGCACCUCCGGGAGUCGGGCGCGGGGGGCGGCGAGGUCGGGGAGGACAUGAUCCUAGUCAACACACACCUGGCGUUCCCCCACAACGCGCUCGAUCGCGUCAACCAGAUGUCUCAGAUCCGAGCGGUCACGGACACGGUCGAAGGAGUGAUGGUGGAGGCCGGGCUGCCGACCAUGACGCCCCGGGUGGUUGUCGGGGACCUUAACGUGGAGGAGACGGACCCGGUCUGUGGGCACCUUGGCCGGAACGGCUUCAGGAGCGCGUUUACGUCGUUGCAUCGGGAGCGGCGGGUCAUCACGCACCGCAACCACCGAGGGGAGGAGGUUAUGUGCGACCACGUGUUUGUCAAGGCGCCGGGCUUUGCCGGGAGGCGAAGAGGAGACUCCGUCGCACCGGCGACGGCACCCGAGAUUCCUGGUCUCGUCCCCAGGCUUUGCGAAAACGUGUCCGUCGAGGAGGCGUUGGUCUUGCCGGGGGGAAUAGACGCGGCGGAAUGGUGCCCGAAUUUCUCGUUGUCAGACCACAGGCCACUGACGGUGCGCCUCAAGUUUCCCCCGCAAUGAGAGAUCUAUUAUAGAAGGCUUUGCGGCGUCUAGGGGUCUUGUGUAGUUUCGGACAUUGACGAGUGCUGUUUUCGUUUUGCUUCUUCUCGGUGGUUGUGCGUGGUCUUAGCUCGCGUGACCUUUUCUUUACUGCUUUGUGGUGUGUGGCAUGAUUGUGUGCAGUGGUUGUUGGUCAGGACAUUUCCGUCCUUGUGUAUUUGAAUUGAACCGAGUGUGUACUUUACGUUGCCGCUCCAAAGGUGGGGUGCCUUUGGGUUGCGGUCAAGUGUACAGACUAAAUGAGUGGAAGACAGACCACGCAGUGUAUCGUAUGCAUAUAUAGUUCGGGGGUUGGGUACGAGAAGUGGGUGGGCGUGGUGCGUGCGUGGCUCCUGGCUGGAGCCUUCGGUCGGUUUACGACAACGCUCGAUUUAUCGUCCUUCUUCCCUCUUUAGUCGUUGAAAUUGCGACGUUUGUGGUUUAGUGCCAAACGCGAAAUGCACUGAUAAAUUCUUUUCUUCCGACGUUCCCAUGUUGAUUGGCGAGACUUAGGAAUUCCAUCGCCUGCGUAGUGUGUGGGGAUGUUGACUUCAUUCGGUGUUUUGGGUUAUGUGUAUGGCGGGACAUGUUCUGAUGUGUUGGACAUGGCACUUGGGGGUGUCGGUUGAGGCAUGAUCAGACGUGUAAGCACCCCAUCACA